AAACGAGAGUUGAAGCAGGAAAUAAGAGAUAGAGGAGGGUGCAGCCUGUUCAGAGGGACGGGGACACACAGACAGACACACACACUUCACUGCAAAGACCCUGCUGAGUGAGGAGGCGGAUGAAGAUGAAGAUGAAGAUGAAGCUACCUUUUGUUUCUAUUGUGAUGGUUAUGAUGUCAGUGUCGGGUGUGACAACAUUUACUCCAAGACCGAGAACCACCACUACUACAUGGACAACAGCUCGUCCUGUAGUAAAUUUGGAUGGGAAGAUGUUCACCUUAUCUUCUAAUGGAGGAGGAAUCACCUUCUAUCCCCCCUCCUACACCCCCAACAGCCCUAGGACUAAGACCACCACCACCCGUAGGACCAUCACCACCAUCACCCCUAAGACCACCACCACCACCCGUAGGACCACCACCACCACCCCUAAGACCACCACCACCACCCGUAGGACCACCACCACCACCCCUAAGACCACCACCACCACCCGUAGGACCACCACCACCACCCCUAAGACCACCACCACCACCCCUAAGACCACCACCACCACCCCUAAGACCACCACCACCACCCCUAAGACCACCACCACCACCCCUAGGACCACGCCGUUUUCAACUACAGGUUUGUCUGUGUGUCUGCGUUACCUCACUGACUAUUCGACAACAGGAAACCCCCCACUCCUCAAACUCUUCCCAUCCGGCUCAAACCCUGUGACUCUUGGGUUAGCCAGUUACAAUUCUCUCUACUCACUGAACUGGGGGUAUUAUAACACACAAACUUUCAGAACCAACGUUCAAUUCUGGCCUGGAGGUUUUCCCCAGGACAUAUGGACCAGAGUCUGUGUCACCGUGGACGGUGUGAAGAAUGUAGGGCAGGUGUUCAGCGGAUCAAACAUGAGCAUCAGGAAGAUUCUGCUCUAUCAGCUUCCACAGGGAAACGAUCCUGUGAUCUAUGUUCCAGGAUUUGAUGGUCAGUUGACAGACGUCCAGAUGUGGGAUUAUCCUCUAAGCUACAGAGAAAUCAUCCAAUACAUGAGGCCCAGCACCUACAGGCCGUCCCGUGGCUCAGUCCUCACUUGGUCCGACAUCAGCUACUCUCUCGGUGGAAACGCUCUGUUGGAGGACACGUACCAGAUGCUGGAGCAACAGCCAAUCAGCAAAAGGGGGAGGGGCCGUGGCCUGAGGGGAGAGAAGAAGAGCAGGAUGGUUUUCAAAGUGGAGGAGAGUAAGAAAAGAGAGGGAGAGUUUCAGUGAAACAUACAGAAGCAGAUGGAGAGCAAGCUGCAUCCAAUGUUCCUCAUUUAAUCAUCCAAUAAUAACUCAGAAUGAAUCAAUAAUCAGCAUUUAUCAAUAUCAAAUCAAACGAUUUGAUACAAUUAUAUUUACAUGAACAGUACUGAAUAGUCUCAGUCAUACCCUGGAUUCUAUAUAUUCAGUUCAUUAACACUUUUGAUUUUUGUCACUUUUCCUGAAGUGAGGAACAUAUGGGACAUACUUAGGGAACUGAUAUCUUCGAGUUUUGGGACAUAAUUAGGGAACUGAUAUCUACGACUAUAUAGGACAUAUUUAGGGAACUCAAUAACAGCUGUGGGCGUCAUGUGAGCAUCAAUAAAGAUCAACUUCAUCAACA